CUCACUUCCUUGUUCCUACUGAGCUUAGUUUUAAAUUGGAAUUUGGAAGUGAGACAUUAAAUCCCAAAAAUUAUACAGAUCAUGACAUGCAAGGGAGGGUUGGAGCACCAGCAUUCUUGGAAAAUUGGAUAACAAAAGUCACCAAGCCUGUAGCAGCAGGUUCAUGUACAUUUCAAAUUACAUUUGAUUGGGAUGAAAGUAUUGGAAUUCCUGGAGCUUUCAUCGUUAAGAAUUUACACCACAAUGAGUUCUUCCUCAAGACUCUCACACUUGAUGAUGUUCCGGGAAAGGGUCGCAUUCACUUUUUCUGCAACUCAUGGGUUUACCCUGCUGAACGAUACAAGUCCGACCGGAUUUUCUUUGCUAACCAGGCCUAUCUACCAAGUAAUACUCCAGAGCCUCUACGCAAGUACAGGGAAGAAGAGCUUGUGAAUCUGAGAGGAGAUGGCACCGGAGAGCUAAAGGAAUGGGACAGAGUGUAUGAUUAUGCAUGCUAGAAUGAUCUAGGGGACCCUGACAAUGGUCCCAAGCAUGAAAGACCUGUUCUUGGAGGGUCCAAAGAAUAUGCUUACCCUCGCCGGGGAAGAACUGGCCGAAGACCCACAAAGACAGGUUAGGGUUCUGUUGUUAGA